CCGAACCGUCAGUCAUCCGUGCUCCGUCGUAGGGAUGAGAUCGCGUCGUGCGACGCCGGUGCUGGUUCGUUCGGUAUCCGUGCGACGACGACGACGACGGUGACACGGAUAUUCCAUCAUUUCGUCGACGCAUUCACGUUUUUCGCCACGUAGUAAAUUCGGUACGAACGACCGACUAACUCUCUGUUAUUUCGAGUGUGUCACAUUCCUCCUCUCCCUUCCCUUUUUCUAUUUCUCUCUUCCUUUCUAUCUAUCUCUCUUCCUCUCUUUCACUCAAUCUCUUUCUACUUUUCUCUUUCCGUCUUCCGUGCCAUCCUUCGAAGAAAAUCUACCGAAGAAGCGAAGAGUAUUCGAGUCUUCCACGAAAAACGAAGGAGGUCUUCUUUCAGCAUCCGGUUGCUCCUUCGUUUUUCUUCUGCUCCGACCUUGACGAGGACCUUUUUAGAUUACUCGGAUCUCGAUCGAUGCGGAAGGUGGCGUUGAGGUAUCGGCGUUGGUAGGUCGACAAAGUGAUCGCUGAGUGGAACGAAGAGAAGAAAAAAGAGAAGAAGGAUAUAACCACGGACAAAGUACCAAAUAGAAGAAAAAGGAAAAAAAAAAUAAGCGAGAGGGAGAGGAAUCUCUCAUAAUCAUGACUGGCUUCGGAAAGGACAGAUCCAUAACGUAAUCGUAGAUCGAUCUAUCGAUCAAAGAAAGACAAUCGAGGUCAACGUGAAGUUCGUUAUGAGAUCAGAAGUGGUACGAUGAUAACGAUUUGAGAAGAUAAAUCGAUUUUUUCUCGUGAAAGAUACGCGCAAAUAUACAAACACACAACAUAGAAAUACAGAUACACACACACACACACACACACACACACACAUAUAUAUAUAUAUAUAUAUAUACACACGCGUCUUACACUUGGAAAGUUGAAGGAAAAAGAAGAAGAAAAAAGAAAAAGAAGGAGAAGAAGGCGACUAGAUAUCAACGUUCUCUAGCGUUAUCCGAGUAAACGAGCGAUUGAAUACGUGCGAGCGAGCGUGCGUGCGUGCGCGCGCGAGCGUGUUUGUAGUCGCGCCGUUUCGCGCGCAAAGUUAACGGCGACCGAAGUCAAAGGCGGCCGACACUGUGGAGGGUACUUAACGAGCGAGGCGAGCCGCUGACGGCUCAGUCGUCGUCGGCGGACGGUUCGCGUAGGAGUAGGUGUAUCUUUUUUUUCCUUAUUCUUCUUCAUCUUAUUCUUCUUCUUCUACUUCUCAUCUCGUUGCUCUUGCGGCUUCCUAAUCUCCUCAUCUUGCACUCGAGCGGGAUUUCCCUGUUGUCAAUCUUCUUUUUCCUCGUUAGUCAUCUACCUUCCCUUCUUCCUUCCUAUUCCCAUUGACAUUCCAUAUGCAUCGCGACCGACACUGAAAAGACGAAACGACGUUGUUUUUCGACGUGGUUUUUUCGUUGUGGCGACGGUGCUCGACCUUCGCGUUGUCGGUGGCAGUGGUGGGUGGUGGUGGUGUUGGUGGAGGAGGAUAGCGGUGUAUAAUAGUGUUAAGGUGAAGUUGAAAUCAUUGGCGGUGUCGUCGUCGUCGGUUACCGCGCUGGUCGUGGAGCUGAUCUUGCUACCGUUGCUAUUGCAGAAGUGUUUUGUGGUGUUAGUGUUAUCGGUAGUGACGGCGACGAGCUAUCAUGUGUACUCGAAGGAUUUUUGGACUGGCGUGUUUAGCUCUCCUGAUGACUCUUCGCGACAGAGUCGGAGCUUACACCAAUCAGUGGGCUGCUCAUAUCGAAGGAGGACCGGAAGUAGCUAAAAAGGUCGCCGAGGAUCAUGGCUUUCGAUAUCUCGCAGAGAUAUUCGAUGGUUGGUAUCAUCUCGAGCAUCGAUCUGUGAUGAAGAGAUCGAUCGAUCCGCACAUGGAAGUACAUUCCAGACUGAUAAGAGAUUCAAGAGUUCGUCGAGCAGAACAACAACGAGCGAAGUCGCGAAGUAAACGGGAUUUAUUAAUCAAACGCGGUCCGUCCAAUGCAAAAGUUAUUUUAAACGACGAGAGAUGGCCUCAAAUGUGGUACCUGAACAGGGGAAACGGUUUGGACAUGAACGUGCAGAAUGCCUGGGCCGAAGGAAUCACCGGAAGCGGCGUCGUGGUCACGAUUCUCGACGAUGGCUUGGAAAAAGAUCAUCCUGACCUCUACAAAAAUUACGAUCCUCAGGCGAGUUAUGACGUUAAUAGUCACGAUGAAGAUCCGAUGCCAAGGUAUGAUCUUGUGGACAGCAAUCGACACGGCACCAGGUGUGCCGGAGAAGUUGCAGCGACUGCCAACAAUACUGUCUGCGCAGUUGGUGUUGCCUUUGGAGCAGGUGUUGGUGGCGUUCGAAUGUUAGACGGAGACGUAACAGAUGCAGUUGAAGCCAGAUCACUCAGUUUAAAUCCACAGCAUAUCGAUAUUUACAGUGCUUCAUGGGGUCCUGAUGACGAUGGCAAGACAGUGGAUGGCCCUGGUGAAUUGGCAACAAGAGCCUUCAUCGAGGGAAUUACCAAGGGACGCAACGGGAAGGGUUCGAUCUUCGUGUGGGCCUCUGGUAAUGGUGGCAGAGACCACGAUAACUGUAAUUGCGACGGCUAUACCAACAGCAUAUGGACUUUGUCCAUCAGUAGUGCAACUGAGAAUGGGUUGGUGCCUUGGUACAGUGAAGCUUGCUCUUCUACCCUGGCAACGACCUACAGUUCUGGUUCAACUGGUGAGAAACAAGUAGUCACCACUGAUCUUCAUCAUCAGUGUACGAGCAGUCAUACUGGAACUUCGGCAUCGGCACCUUUAGCAGCUGGAAUAUGUGCUCUUGCGUUAGAGGCAAAUAGGGAUCUCACAUGGAGAGAUAUGCAGCAUAUCGUCGUUAGAACGGCCAAACCAGCCAAUCUAAAAGCACUCGAUUGGGUUACCAAUGGAGUCGGUAGAAACGUGAGUCACAGUUUCGGCUAUGGAUUGAUGGAUGCCACCGCAAUGGUGCGUUUGGCUAGAAGAUGGAGGACAGUUCCUGAACAACACAAAUGUGAAGUAUCUGCGCCACAUUCGGGCAGAGCAAUACCACCAAAGAGUCAAUUGGUUCUAGACUUGCACGUGAAGGAAUGCAGCGGAGUUAAUUUUCUGGAACACGUACAGGCGAAGGUGUCGCUGAUGGCUUUGAGAAGGGGGGAUCUUCAGAUACAACUAACCUCUCCUCAGGGCACGAAGAGCACUCUCCUAGCGAAAAGACCGCACGACGUCUCCAAGGCUGGUUUCAAUCAAUGGCCAUUUAUGUCAGUUCACACGUGGGGCGAGAGGCCACACGGUACGUGGAAACUCGAAAUUCACAACGAGGGUCGAUAUUUCGGCCGUGCAACGCUUCACGAAUGGGCGUUAAUUUUCUACGGAACAUCGACGUUACCUGAUCGGACGGAAUACGCCCUCUACAAUCCUGCCAGUAUGAAUAUGCCACGAAGACCGUUCGUUAAACCGCGCGAAACGACGUUUACUAAGACUCAGAAUGCCUUGACAGCUUCUUCUAAGGGCAAACAGUCACAGCACAAAGCCGAAAAGACAGGUAGCCUGAGUCCGCCAUACGUGGUCAAUGCUCAACUUCAAUCACAAAGGAAGAACAAGGUUCGGGGACAGCACAAGAACGGGAAAUCCGCAAAUCGACCAACUCCCAGGCCAACGGCACAAACUUUGAGGGGACUGACGUCUAUCAGAGGUCCUGCCGUAGCAGGAGAAGUUCGAUUGAUUACAUCCAGACCAAGGGGAAGAAGUACACCCAGUCCCGUUACUACAACGACUAUUCGAACCAGUCCAACUACCAAAAUAAAAACGACAACGGUCUUGACCACUAAGCAAAAAAUCAUUGAACCGGUCACGAUCACACCACCGCUUCAAAGAGGUUUGAUCCUAAUGGAACCUGCUGCGAAAGCAGCCACCAAUAAGGUCCCAGCAAUUUUUCAACAAUAUCCCAAGAUCCAGCAACUCUAUCCUCUUUAUCCUGUUUAUGCUGGCGCUCGUGGAGCUGGACAACAACAUGCAACCAGAGCUAAGGGUCUAGACUUAUUGCAAGACGAACAAUUCGAUCCUAGGAAUCUACAAUUGGAUAAGGAUACCCUUGAGGAGUGGAAGCUGGUGUUUUACGGUACCGAGACAUCCUUGGAAUUCAACGAGGAUUUAGACAAGGACAAACCAAGCAUGACGAAUGUCCAGCCGGUGGAAAUCCAAGACAAUACGGCUACUGAUGCAAGGCAGAACGUAGUAGACACAGAAGGUGAUCCUUGGACUGGUAGCCAACAAGUAGAACGAGUCUCUCAUCCUGAGGUACAAAGGCCAACAACGGAGAACCAGACAAACGGAUGCGCCAAUCUCGAUGCCAGAAAUGGCAGGUGCCUAGAGUGCAAGUCCAAAUGGUACCAGUAUGAGGAUAAAUGUUGGCAAGAAUGUCCAAUCGGAAGCUACGCCAUUACAGAGGAAUCUACCACCAGAAAGGUAUGUGGAAGGUGUCACUAUUCCUGUCUGACUUGUUCCGGAGCAACCGACGGUGAAUGCACAACCUGUCAUUCUGAUUCCAACCUCUUGACAAAUUUCGGCGAGUCCCAAUGCGUUCUUCAGAAUCUGGCAUGGCGAUUCGAGUCAACGAUGUGGUUCUAUUGGCUAACCAUUUUCUUUUCGAUUAAUGCAUUGAUCGUUGUCCUAGCGAUGAUCUACAUCGGUGUCAACUGGUACAUCAGAAGGAGUAAUUCUUCAACGUACGAUUACAGUAAGGUCACUUAUUCGAACAACGGUGACGCUCGAAAGGUUCGACUCGACGAUUGCAUUUCUGAUAGCGAGUAAAACGUAACCGCGAGAGAUGCAAAUUUCAUUAUCCCUAAGACCCUAUGGAAGUCUGCUCUCCAAUGGGGAUACAGUCGACUGUUUUAAUGGAAAUGAAGAGAACGGGAUAGGAUAAGGAGGAGGAGGAGGAAGAGAAGAAGGAAAAGGAGGAGGAGAAGCAGAAAUAGAUAUCUGCUAGAUACUUCCAUGAAUGUUAGACGUUCGUUUGCCGACAAGAAUGGCGAGAAUAACAUGAUGCAUUUAUUCUCUGACUGAUAUGAUUGUAAAACAUUCCAACUUAUAAAAUUACAAUCGAAUUACGCUGAUAGUCCUUGUUAUAAUGAUGAUCUCUGACAAAAUACUUUUAAUAGUCCAGUGAUUGUUUAAUCAAAUUGUAUAUGUAUAUACAUAUAUAUAUAUAUAUAUAUAUAUAUAUAUAUAUACAUACAUGUGAUACAAGUAGAAAUGCAGAGGCUUGUUUUUUCAUUUCUUUUCUUUUUACGAUCAAUAAAUACAGUAUUUUAUUUCUUUACUUACAAAAGUGGAAGACUAUUGAAUGUAUUAAAAAAUCAUCAAAAAAUGUGCAAAGACUUUUCUUUAACAGGAUUAAUUAUAUUAGCUUGACCACGGUCAAAUGGACCAAUGAAAUAACGUGUUUACUAUUGUAAUUGAUUAUAACAUGUUCGAUAUAUUGCAUAAUUGUUAAGUAAAACUUUGACUGCACAAGAACAGAAUGUAGGCUAAUAUUGGAUGAUAUGACUUUUAUAUAUAUAUAUAUAAAAUAUAUAUAAUAUAAAAUAAAAAAUAAAAUAUUAUAUAUAUAUAUAUAUAAAUAAUGUACGAAAUAUUGUAAAUAUAUCGAUAAGAAAAACAGAGUUUUUCGAGUGCUUUAUCUAAAUAAUGCGAUAUAUCAUGUUACUGUUAAAUAAUUUCACACUUAUACACUUGUAAUAAUAUAACUAUAUUAUUAUUCAUUGUUACCACAAAUGUACAUGUUCCACGCAAUAAGAAGCAUCGCGGUAUUGAUUGUUUUUGUUAAAUAUGAUAAAAUAUAAAAUAGAAGUGAAAA